GCUUUUCCGCUGUUUGUAAACAAACAAAAUUUUUCUCACUCACAUGUGAAAAAUUCACACAAGUAAAAUAUGGGGUUGAAAGAUGUAAAGAACAUAAUUCUGGUUUUGUCUGGAAAAGGAGGAGUUGGAAAAUCGUCUGUCGCUGCACAUUUAGCAUUGUCACUUAGGGAUUCGAAUUUUAAGGUUGGCUUAUUAGAUAUUGAUUUAUGUGGUCCUUCUAUUCCUUAUUUAUUGAACUUGGAAGGCAAAGAAGUUCACCAAUGUUCUGAAGGAUGGACACCUGUUUAUACUGAUAAGAGUCAAACAUUUGCUGUCAUGUCGAUAGGUUUUCUUUUAAGUAGCAGAAAUGAUGCUGUUGUAUGGCGAGGACCCAAGAAAAAUGCAAUGAUAAAGCAAUUUUUGAAUGAUGUUCAUUGGCAGUCAAUUGAUUAUUUAGUAAUUGAUAUGCCACCUGGUACUUCUGAUGAACAUAUUACAUUAGCAGAAAGUUUGAAAAAACAUGCCAAUGUAGCUGCAGUUUUAGUCACAACACCUCAGAUGGUUGCAAUAAGUGAUGUAUUACGAGAAAUCACAUUUUGUAAGAAAGCUGCCUUGCCUGUCAUAGGUAUUAUUGAAAAUAUGAGUGGUUUUGUUUGCCCAAAUUGCAAGGAAUGUUCAGCAAUUUUUUCAUACGGUGGAGGAGAAGCUUUGGCUAAAGAAGCAGGUCUAAACUUCUUAGGUUCCAUACCUUUGGAUCCGCAAUUUGCCACUUGUAUUAAACAAAGAUCAGAAUCUGAAGAAAUUACUGAAUUUGAAGCGUUAAAGAAGUUUUCAGAUAUUGCUAAUAAAAUUAUUGAACAAAGCUGAAAAUAAUUUGAGGAUAUUUAUGUGUUUACAACAUUGAAUUUCGUAAGACUGAUUUCACUGAUGACAUUAAUAUAAAAUUAAAUUUAUUUCUAUUAUUAUACGAUUUGCUUGCUGGUAAUUUUAUAACGAAAUUAAAAUUUGCAAAUAGCUCAUUUAAAGUAGAUAAAUUCUUUAAUUACUCCAAAAAAUAAUGAGACUGUGUUAUACCAUCUUAUACAUACCACUUUUUCUACAGCUUGAGGAAUUAACUCCAUGAAAUUUUUGUAUACAUUCCUUGUGUGAGAUAAAUUAGGAUCAAGGUUACUUAUUUAGUAUGUCAUUUAUGAAUAUUGCUGCUCAUUAUUUUAUUUUUAUAAAAUUAUUUGUUUAAAAAUCAUUGAACAUUAGUUAUAUGUUUUUAAAAAGUGUUUUAUAAAACGGUAUUUUUAGUGUCAACACAGAUGUGUACAAUCCAGACUAAGGAGAGUGCAAAAUCGAUGUUUUUACCAUCAUUUAUUACAAAAAUUUUUUUUUUUCGAUGUUGAUGUUUUGUAUUUCAAUGAAAAAGUUUCAUAAAAAUGUUCGAUAAUUAUACUUGUUAAAAAUUUUCAUUGUUGAUCAGAAGAUGCAAUAAUCAUCUCAUUUGGAAAAGUUUUCUAUAAUUAACUUUGAUGUUUUUUAAACAUUGCUUUGCAUUCAAAGUCAAUGUUUUAUGCUACAGCAAAAAAGUUUCUUAAUAAUAUACAAUAAGAAAGUUAAUCGCUAAUCAGUCAGGCCCUUCAUUUAGGGGGAGGUCAAAAGGUCAAUUGAGGCAGUGAGAAGCAAAGGGAUGCAAGUGGACUAUUUUAAGUUUCGAG